GCAAGCGGAUGGAGACUACUGGAUGGCAUAUGUUCUGUAUCAGAAACUAGAGCUGGUGUGGUCUAUCCAAUGCAAUUUUCUGAGUCAGAGCCCCAAAUAACCAAACCGAAUCUAAAGUUGACCAAAAACCGAUUCGUAACCUUUUUGGUACUAAUGUUGGAGAGUGGUCCCUGGUAAAAAAAAAAAAAAAAGGUUGGGAGCCACUGCUUUAAAUUGAUAUUUUUGCAUAACAGAGGGUUGAAUUAUUAAUCCCUUCCAGCUCUGUGAUUCUAUAACUCCAUGAAAACAUCUUAACCUUAAUUUAAUGGGAUGAUCUUGGUUUGAAAAAUAGUAGCCACCCAAUUCGUUAGGAAAUAGAGUUUUCAUUACCUUUCUUGAUAAUUGUUAUUACGUUGUUUCUAUGUUGUAAAGAGUGGUAUUUUUGUUCACCCUUUUUUUUUUCUUCGUCCUCCCCUCUUUUGUUUCCAGCUUCCUCCUUUCAUAGGACAGAUUUGACUGAGAUCACUUUCUGAAGGGAAAUUCUGCUUGAGUGGUGGUUAGCCCUCACAGGUGGGAACUGGAAUGAUUCACAAACACAGGAGAGAUGUAAUCUGUUCAAAAGCAAGAACUGUUUGAAAGGUAAUUGGCAAGAUGCUGGUCUAGUCAUGGGACUUGAAACAACCUGUUGAUUUGAGUGGAUGUUUGUUCCUCAUGUUCAGAGAGAGUGAGACUUUCACACAUUCUAUAGCUAUUAUUGAGACUGAGAGGUGUGCUGCCGGCACAAUAGGGAACAAGGGCAAAGAGCCGACUAAAGUGAUCUUGAGGAAGCAGAAAGACGAAACAAUGACUGCAGCUAUGCUGUAGAAUUAAGGCAGUUUGACACCUCUUCAAUUGCCAUGAGUCAGUACUAUAGUCUGCCCCAUCUUAUUCCAGAGUGGCUCUUGCCACAUGAACAGUCUCCAGGUAUAUCUUCUGAAACAUGCCUUUGUACCCGCGGCUUUUGUGGGAAAGGCUGGGUUCAGUAUAUGAAUGCCUGUUAUAAAGUUGAGAAGAAGCCAAAGAACUGGAAUGAAGCUGAGGCAAGUAUGGUGUCAAAGGGUUGUCGGGGCAUGGGGAAGGAAGGAAGGAGCAGAAAUGGAGCAACCACGUGUUCAACAAACAAACAUGUAACUCCCUUAUAAAAACAGCUUAACUGGCUACCGGUUUGUUUCUGGGUUCAAUGCAAACUAUUGGUCAUGACCUAUAAAGCUCUAUAUGGCUUCUGUUCAGACUAUCUGAAAGACCAGUUAUCUUUCCUUUAAGAACAAGUGGCCCACAGUGCCCUUCGGUUGUGUCCAGUUUUAUAGUAACAAGACAACUAAUGCUGAUUGCUAAUUUUAAGCUUAAAACACUGCUAAACUAUCUAAUUGUAUAAUGCUGAAAAAUUUAGCAACCAUGAUUAGGGGAAAGUGUAUACAAACUAGCAGGCUUUAUGCUUUUGCCACUGGCAGAAUCUGAGUGGCAUACGAUGGGCAGAGGGCAACACAGACUCUGGGCUUUUGGAGACAAACAUGGUCAGUUUCUCUGUGAAUUCUCCCCAGAUGGCUUGUCAGAGAUAUGGCACACAUGCCCACCUUGCCUCCAUCCACAGCACAGAGGAAAAUGACUUCAUUUUUCACCUGAUGGGCAAGCCACUGGACCGGCUUAAUGGAGAGGCUUACUGGAUUGGUGGUCAUGACACUUUCAAGGAGGGGACUUUUGUGUGGACAGAUGGUUCCAGAUUUGAUUUCCAAUCAUUUUUUCCUACUGAGCCUAAUGGCCUUCCAGGAGAACACUAUUUGGGGUCCUGGUACUUACAAAAUGGACACAUCACCUGGAAUGACUAUCCUAUCCAAAUGAAAUUUCCAUCUGUUUGCAAAUACUACUUGGCAAAUGGUAUGUACCGUGACUCCACAGGACCCAAGCAACGUUGAUGCAGAAUCCCUGGGAUGGAAAAAUCGUGCAGAGAUAACUUUACUCCUGUCCUAUAGGUUGCUUUGAAAUGUCUGAUCUUUGCCUGAUAACUUUAUCUUGUACUUUUCUGUGGUCAUUUCUGAAGGGGUGGUGGGAUUGUGGAAUUAAUUUCAAUUAUUGUUUGUUUGUUUUUUCAAAUAUCGGACUUCGAUGCAGAAUAAUCUCCUGCAUUAUUUAAAGUUAUCUCAACCAUAACUAAAAUGCAUGAAUAUUAAACUCCUUGAGAGAAUUUCAAAAAAUAAAUCACUUUCA